CAAAAUUCAACUGAUGUAAAAAUGAAACGCUGGGCCGCAUAGUUUACUGGAAAGAGUAGACAUGGCUGAUUUCACGACAUCUACUCAUAGAACCAAGUGGAUUUUCACUCCCCAUGAUAUUAAACAUAAGUAUAAAGUUGCUAAUCAUAGAGCCAAACAAGCACUAGACAAGUAUGGAACAACACGAAUGGAAGUUGAUAUUGAUGGGUCAUUCUCAUAUGCUGAAAGCCAAAAUGAUGCAAAAGAUAGCGCUGAAAAGCGUCCAAAACCACUCAAGGUUGAAGAAGAACAACUUCUAAGGGCUUUCUAUGAGUUCAAAAUUCAAGAUGUCUGUGAUGCCUUUAAGUUCCCACGUAAGAUUCAGGCAACAGCUCUCAUCUAUUUUAAGAGGUUUUAUCUACAAUGGUCUGUGAUGGAACAUCACCCCAAAGACAUUAUGUUAACCUGCAUAUAUGCAGCUUGCAAGGCAGAGGAAAAUCAUGUAUCGGCUGAGGAGCUUGGUAAGGGGAUUGGACAGGAUCAUCAUGUAAUCCUCAAUAAUGAAAUGCUGGUUUUCCAGAGUCUAGGAUUUGAUCUUAUUGUUUAUGCUCCAUAUCGUGCACUUGAAGGUUUUAUCAGUGAUUUAGAGGAGUUCUGUGGAGCUAAAGAUGACGACCAGCUUGUGGCACUGAAGGCUUCACUUGAAACUGCUAGGAUGGAAGCAGAUAAGAUUAUGCGUACCGAUGGACCACUUCUAUUCCCACCUGGGCAGUUGGCAUUGGCAGCAUUGCAUAGAGCUAACGCAGUGCAUGGCCUAUUUGAUUUUGAGAGGUACCUGAGAAGUGUCCUAUCACGUGAUCAUCCAGGUCAUGCCAUUUCAGAACUUACUGGUUCUAUAAAUGCCAUUGAUUCUUUGAUUGGUAAACUUUCGACUCCUACUUCCAAAGAUGUGAAGCACAUUGAUCGGAAACUCAAAUCAUGUCUUGAUCCGGGGUCGCAUGACAAGAGUAAGAAAAGGAAGCAUAGAUCCAAAGAUAGCUCAAAUGAGGUUACGGACAUCUCUUGAGCUGCUCUGACUCAAGUUGUAGCUUCAAGCAUAUGCUAUUUGGCUGGUGGAAAUAGUUCAUCGUUGCUGCUCAUCAGUUUCCUAAUAUAGAGUAGAAAAUCAAGUUAGACCGGAAGAUAUAGUCUACUACAUUUGCAUCAGGUUGAGAGAAGCAUCGUUACGGAUGGAAUUUUGAACCGCCAUGCCUGAACUUAGUCUAACCGCUGCAGAUGGAGUCAAAGUUGAUGUUUGAUUGGAUCUAGAUGAUCCUAAAGAUGUGCACGAAUGAGCAGACAAAUGGUUGACUUGGUGGUUUUCCACUUUUCCUUGAGAUGGUUCAACCGUGUCUGUUUUAACUUUAUUGGUUUCCCAAAUUGAUCUUCACUGUAUUGUCUGCUGAAAUGUGGAAACUUGUAAGGAAAACCUGAAAUUGAUAUCUGAGUGGUUUUAUAUCUACUUGAUUGGAUAUUUGGAGCUUCUUA